AGAGGCUCGAGGCCAUACAAAUCCUCAUUUGCAACUACAGUUCAUAAUAAUAGACCUGUACGCAGAUGUGUAAAAUGUGAUGGAGAUCAUUACUUAAAUCAAUGCGAUGAAUUUCGAGGCAUGACGUAUGAUAAGAGAUUGGAGUUUGUAAAAAAGCAAAAGUUGUGUUUUUCAUGUUUAUUAUCUGGGCAUUGGGUCAGGGAAUGUAAACGAAACAACCCUUGCAAAAAUGCAAACUGCAGAAGAAAACACACAACACUUCUUCAUCCUCCGGAUAAGGAACCAAUAAAAGUCCCUACAUCAAGUAGUCAUGAAAGUACUACACAAACACAUAAUGAUUAUAGGACACAGAUGUCUGAAACCAAAUUUAAUGCAUUCCUAAAUGCCUCUGACGAACAAAAGGUUUUGCUCAAUGUUGUACCUGUUAAGGUACGCAUAGCUGGUAGAAGAAAUGCUGUUAUAACCAAUGCAUUCUUUGACAAUGGAUCGACUUGCUCUUUUAUAAGCAAUUCGCUGAUGAAUAAAUUAAACGUCAAUGGACCAGUUACAAAUCUGAACAUUCGUACGAUAAAUAAUACUGUGGAACACAAGCAAUGCACUGUUAUAAAGAACCUCGAAUUAGCAGAUUUCGAGGAGUCAACAUAUGUAAGGUUAAAUCCCUUGUUUUCAAACGAUCAAAUUGGUGUUGAUCAAACAGAUAUCCCUACACAAAGUGAUCUUGAUCAAUUUAAAGAAUUUAAUGGUAUUGUGAUACCCAAAGUAGAAUGUGAUGUGGAGCUCUUGAUUGGCAAAGAUAAUCUUGGUUUGCAUAAACCAUUGGAAGUGAUUUAUGGCCCAAACAAUUAUUUUGCAUCGAAGACAAUUGCUGGAUGGAUGGUUAACUGUCCUGCGAAAAAUGGAAAUACCAAAAAUUCUACAUAUUUCACCAAAUCUCAACUAAAUCCUUUGUGCCAAAUGUGUGCAGAUGUUGUUGAUUCUGCAAUUAAUGAAAAAGAUGAAGUUUCACCAAUUCAACAAGUUUUUCUUGACAAAGUUAGUAAGUCAAUUAAGCUCAGAACUGAUGGACAUUACGAAAUAGGUUUACCAUUGAAGAAUCCUGAUGUUAAGUUGCACUCAAAUAAAUAUCAAGUUUUGCAGCGAGCAGAAUCAUUAAAGCGUCGUCUUCACAAGGAACCGGAAUUUUAUGCAGAAUACAAGGAUUUUGUUGCAAAUAUGAUCACAAUGGGUUAUGCUGAAGAAGUUCUGGAUGCCAAUGAAGAAGAAGGAAGGACUUGGUACCUCAGCCAUCAUGGAGUUCGUCAUCCAGAGAAGAAAACGUUAAGGGUUGUAUUUGAUUGCUCAGCAAAAUCAGAAGGAAUUUCAUUUAAUGACAUCCUGUUACAGGGGCCGGAUUUAACAAAUAAUUUAGUUGGAGUCUUGUCACGCUUUCGCAAAAAUAUUGUAGCUGUUCAAGGGGAUAUACGGUCCAUGUUUCAUCAGGUAAAGGUGAAAGAAUGUGAUAGAAAUUUCCUCCGUUUCUUCUGGUGGGAAAAUGGUGACAUCACUUUACCCAUGAAAAUUUAUAGAAUGUCGGUUUUUCUCUUUGGAACUGUGUGCUCUCCAAGUUGUUGCAACUUCGCUUUGAGACAAACUGCAAUAGAUAACAAAAAUGAUUUUGAACAAAGUGUGAUUGAUGCAAUUAAUGAUUCAUUUUAUGUUGAUGAUUUUUGUGAUUCUAAACCGGAUGCUGCUAGUGCCCUCCAACAUAUAAAGAGUGUUACUGAAAUUGCUGCUAAAGGUGGUUUUGAAGUGACGAAAUGGGUGAGCAAUGACCGUGAAGUAUUGGCCUCAAUUCCAGAAGCUCACCGAUCGAAGGAAGCAAAGCGUUUGGAUAUCUCUAUAGAUGAAUUGCCUGUUGAGCGAGCUCUUGGCAUGAUAUGGAACGCAAAUGAAGAUACAAUAAGUUUCAGUACUAAAUACACUGAACGACCAGCUACCAGACGGGGUAUGCUGGGUGUUGUGAACUCAAUAUUUGACCCUCUUGGCAUUGGCCAGCCGGUCAUUCAACCUAUGAAGGUCCUUAUGCAAGGAUUGUGCAGGAAGAAGCUGGGAUGGGACGAUUCAAUUCCUCCAGAGUGUGAACAGGAAUGGCUAAAGUGGAUAUCAGAAUUAUCCAAGUUAGAAGAUUUUAAUAUUCCAAGAUGUUUUUUACCGCCUGAUUUUGGAAAAACCACAGAAAUACAAAUUCAUCACUUUUCUGAUGCAUCCGAAAAGUCUUAUGGUGCUGUUUCAUAUAUACGUUUAAAAAAUUCGUCUGGACAAAUUCAUUGCUCAAUACUGUGUGGUAAAAGUCGAUUAGUACCUCUCAAAGGCUCAACGAUUCCCAGGUUAGAGUUAUGUGCAGCAACAAUAUCAAGCUCCCAAUUGAUGCAUCUAUAUUUUGGACGGAUAGCACCACCGUAUUACGAUAUUUGGCAAAUACUGAUAAAGUUCUAAAAACUUUUGUUGCAAACAGGGUGAAUGUUAUCAAAGAAGUUUCUGAUGUGAAUCAAUGGUACUAUGUGCCUUCCAAAUUAAACCCUGCAGAUGUUGCUUCUAGGGGCAUGUCUGCUGAUGAAUUUUUGAACU